AUGACUUUCGAUAGCGUCAAAUCCAACACCAAUGGUGCCCACUCACCACUUGACCAACUCAAGCAUGUUUCUUCCACCCGUUUGACACCUAACCUCAGUGUCCACACCUUUUCAGUCCAGUCCAAUCACCAUUUCGAUCGGAGCUUCCGUCCUGGUCAACAUUUGACGCUUCAAUUCCCUCCAGAUCUUGAUCCUGUGUCUGGGCCUCAGAACCUAUCAGAAGAGGACAGGCGUCUUUCAUUCACCCCAUACCAUGUCGGAUAUGCACAUGAUGGAUUCAUCGAGACCAUCUCGCUUAUGGCUCGGAAUGGACGUGUCACGGGUCUGCUUGGUCUUCCGCGUCCACAUUCUCCGUUGGUUGCAAACAUUGUUCAAGCUGGUGGUGGAUUCCCAUCUGCUAUACUUGAUAGUGCCCAUACGCUGAUAUGUAUUGCUGGAGGUACUGGCAUCGCCCCGUUCAUUGCUAUGGUGACGGAAAAUAACCACAGAAGUGGCCCUGAGGCCAGGGAGAGGAAGCCAGUUCUGAUGUGUAGUAUUCGGGGUAGCGACUUUGCCGCUGUCGAAUAUCUGCUCACCCAUCAAUUGCUCAACCCAAGAGAUUGGAGUAUGGUGCGAAUCUUUGUCACAAGCGGGGAAGAAGGUGACGGGAUGGUUGAUGAUAAAUUGUCACAAUGGUGGCACGAACGGUUGAAGAGUCUCUCACAAAACUUGGAUGGUGAUAUGGGCUUCUGUCUUCGGCGAAUGGAGCUACGAGAUGUUGAACCUGUUAUCAAUGGGACUGAUGACCCGGUGCUAUUCUGUGGAAGCAAACAAUUAGAGUGGCAGGUAAAGAUGUGGAUGCUCAAGAGAGGAAAUGUUCACUGCACAGAGAGAUAG